AUGGGUAUAUUUGGUACUUCUAAAGAAGAAGAAGAAAAAUUGAAACACGUUGCUAAUUCAAAUAACCAACAAGGACAACGACCAUUAUCAUCAUCUCAAUCAUAUUCAUCAAAUACAGAUUUAUCACAUUAUGAAACGGCUGAUGAAGAAUAUGAAAAUGAACAAGAUGCAUAUGGUCAUAUAAAUCCAGAAAAUGAAAUCAUAAAUCCUGAUCAAGGUGGAUUUGUAAAUGAACAACAAAACUCAGAAAUCAUAAAUCCAGAUCAAGGUGGAUUUGUAAAUGAACAACAAAACUCAGAUAAUGAUGAUUCAACUAUAAAAAAUCAAGAAGGUGAUGAUUUUAAUCAUACUAAAAAGCACGAAGGUAAACAUUCAUCAUCAGAUUUAGAUAGUGCUAAUCCAAAAGAAUACAUCGCUUCAAAUUAUAACGAAAACGAAGAAAAUAGGUUAAACAGACAAUACACCAUUGAUAGAAUUUCAUCUCAUAAAUCCAUUGAAGAAGCAGCAGAAGAUGAAAUGAGACAAUUGGAAAAAUCAAAUUCAUCAAAACAUACAAAUGAACGAAAAGAAUUGAUUGAUGUUAAAGAUUUGGACUGGGAUAGUCCAGAUGAUAAAUCAAAUCCUCAUAAUUGGAGAAGAUGGAAAAAAUGGGUUGUAACUUAUUCAGCUUCUGUUAUGUGUUUAUGUUGUUCAUUAGGUUCUUCAUUAUAUACAGCUGGUAUAUCAGAAAUUGCACAGAAAUUUAAUGCUUCACAAGAAUUAUGUUUAUCAGGUUUAACUUUCUAUUUAAUUGGUUUAGCUAUUGGUCCAGCAGUUGCAGCUCCAUUAUCUGAAGUUUUUGGUAGAAAACCAUUAUAUGUUUUAUCAUGGCCAAUUGCAAUGUUAUUUAUAAUGGGUGUUGGAUUAGCUAAAAAUAUUGAAACAAUAUUAGUUUUACGUUUCUUUUGUGGAUUUUUUUCAAGUCCUGCUUUAUCAGUUGCUGGUGGUACAAUUUCAGAUAUAUGGUCAAAUGAACCAAGUCAACAAUCAUUAGCAGUUGCAUUAUUUUGUUUAUGUCCAUUUUUAGGUCCUGUUUUAGGGCCAAUUAUUGGUGGAUUUGCAGCUGAAUAUAAAGAUUGGCAAUGGGCUUCAUCUUGGGUUUUAUUAAUGUUUUUUGGAGCAAUUUGGCCAUUUGCUAUAUUAUCGCCAGAAACUUAUAAACCAGUUAUAUUAGCUAGAAGAGCUAAAAAAAGAGGCUUAAAUGUUGAUGCACCAAAAGUUAAUUGGGAAUUUAUAAAGAAAAUUAUUAAAUUUAAUUUGGUUUUACCUUUGGUAUUAUUAUUUACUGAACCAAUUGUUCUCUUUUUAUCAUUAUAUAUUGCAUUUAUAUUUGCAGUUUUAUUUGGAUUUUUUGAAGCAUUUCCAGUUAUAUUUAGAGGUGUUUAUCGUAUGGAUCUUGGAAUUUCAGGAUUACCAUUUAUUGGUGUUGGUAUUGGAUUAUGUUUAGGUGUUGUUUUAUAUAUUGUAUUAGAUUGGUUAAUAUUCUUCCCCAAAAAUCCAGAUGGAACAAGAGGUAAAAGAGAUGAAAAUGGGAAAAUUGUUUGGGAUGCACCAGAAAGAAAAUUAUUAGUUGGACAAAUUGGUUCAAUUUUUUUACCAAUUGCUUUAUUUUGGUUAGGUUGGACUGGUAGAACACCUUCAAUUCAUUGGAUGGCACCGACUGCAAGUGGUGUACCAUUUGGUUUUGGAUUAAUUUUAGUUUUCUUUUCAGUUGUUUUAUAUUUUGCAAUGAGUUUCCCUCCAAUGAUUGUUGCAUCAACAAUUGCUGCUAAUAAUUUAUUACGUUAUUUAUUAGCAUCUGUUUUUCCUUUGUUUACUGUUCAAAUGUUUGUAAAUGUUGGUAUUGGUUGGGCUGCUUCAAUUUUUGCAUUCAUUGCAUUAGCUAUGAUUCCUGUUCCAUUUUUAUUUGGUUAUUUUGGUCCAAAAUUAAGAGCUAAAUCUAAAUAUUCAUAUGUAGCUUUCUUUAAAAAGAUGAAAGAAGAAAAGGCUAAAAAAAUAGAACAAGAAGCUAAAGAAGGUAAAGCUGAUUUACCACCUCAAACAGAAAAUACUGUUUCAGAAAAAGUAUAA